CUAUCCCAUCUACAGUCAUUCACAUUAUUUUCCUUUUGCUAAUAUCAUGGUUCUCGGAGAAAGUUGGUGAGAGAUCUUUAGUCUGUUGUCUUGCUCCACUUUAUGCAACUCCAAUAAUGGGAGUAAUUAGAUGGUGGUCAGGAGCAGGUAAGGACAUAUGGGCUACUUGGGUAGUCAACACAUUGUACUUGGGACAGCCAUACAUUCAUGCCAUUUGUGUUGCGUGGGUGUCACGAAACUCCAAUUCAGUUCGAAACAGAUCCAUAUGUUCUGCUUUAUACAAUAUGUUUGUGCAAUUGGGUAAUAUUAUCGGUAACAAUAUUUACCGUGAGGACGAUAAACCGUUGUACAAACGAGGAAACAUGCAGUUGUUUGUUAUUACGUUGAUUCUUAUACCUAUUUUGAUACUUACCAAGCUCUAUUACAUUUGGAGAAACAAGAGCAAGGAAAGGAUUUGGAACUCAAUGUCCGAAGAAGAGAAGCACGAGUAUAGAGAAACUACAAAGGACGAAGCUAAUAAGAGGCUAGAUUUUAGGUUCGAUCAUUAG